UCACCCACAAAUCAGACUCCAAGAACCAAAUCCUUCAACCCAUUAAUUCACCCAAUGUCCUCUCUAGAUUGCCAAUUAUUCCACCUUCAAUGCGCGACAAGCACCAACUCCACGAACCCAAAGGAACCCACCCUUUAUGGUGGUGCACCGCCGUCAUUUGCUCCUUCCUAGCCGUCGGAGCAAUCAUCGGCGGUGUAGUGGUGUUUGUGGGUUAUUUACUAUAUCACCCAAGAAUCCCAGUCAUUAGCAUAGUCGACGCUCACCUGAACCUCUUCCAAUACGACUUAGCGGGUGUUCUAGUAACCCAAGUAAUGAUCAUUGUCCGGUCGGAAAACGACAACACCAGAGCUCAUGCGAGCCUUUCCGACAUGAAGCUGACGCUGAUUUUUGAUGGGUUAGAGAUAGCAAAACUGGUGGCGGAACACUACGAGGUGAGGAAGAACAGCUCGGUGGAUUUUAAUUUUGUGGCUACUUCAGAUUCAAUACCGUUGAAUCCAGAGCAAAUGAAGGAUGUGGAUGUGUUCUUGAAUGAAGAUGAAGUUAGGUUUGAUUUGAAAGGGAAUGUGAGAGCUAGAUGGAAAGUUGGGAUUCUUGGGUCGAUUAGAUUUCGUUGUCACUUGGAAUGUCAGCUUAGAUUUCAAAAAUCUAGUGGAGAUUAUAUACCUCAUCGAUGCACUUCCAAGGCUAAAUGAAGAAGAUCAUUAUUAAUUAAUCAAUUAAUUUUUCUUAAUUAUUUUCUUUUGACAAGUUGAAAAUUAUUUUUAUUUGUUAAUUUUUCAUUAAUUGUA